CGAUAUGUCAAUCUGUUUCUUGGCAUUGUUUACAAAAAGCUAGAAGAACGCGCCUCGAGCCGGAAAAAUAAAAGGAUUAUCGUAAAAUUGUCUUAUUUAAGCUGGUGUUCGAUUGUUUCAGAUUCACAAUGUCCCGCAAGGAAGCGCUGUCGCAAUUCAUCAACCAAAUUCACGGCCGACCCGUGGUCGUUAAGCUCAAUAGUGGCGUCGAUUACAGAGGAGUGCUUGCCUGUUUGGACGGCUACAUGAACAUUGCCCUGGACCAGACGGAAGAGUACGUAAAUGGACAGCUGAAAAACAAGUACGGCGAUGCGUUCAUCCGCGGCAACAAUGUACUCUACAUUUCCACGCAGAAGAGAAGAGUGUAAAAGAUGAAAAGCGAACAAUGGUAAAGAAUAAAAAGCAAAACAUUUUCUUAAAAAUUUACGAAUUAAAAAUGGAUUGUAGUAGUGGUUGAUCACCACCACUACCACACCUAACUGAAAGUAAUGUGGAGAACCCCACCAUUAGAUUCGAAACAGUCGCGGACUAGUGCGAAGCUGUAUUCAGAAACAUGAUGUUCUGGGCGCUUCAUGGUAAAGCCUUCGGGUAGUUCUCCAUUCUUUUCAGGUUCACGCUUUUAACGUAACGCUGAACCGUACGACUCAAUGAAUGCCGUCCAAAGGCGAGAAGCUUUUGUAUUGAUAGAGCUCCGGUCCACCGUACCCGUAUAGCAGCUUGCCCUUUCCAUUUUCAUCGUAGUAGGGGUAUCUGUAUUUUGGCCUGUAAAGAGGAGAAUAGAAUUUAGUGUAUUUUAUAUUUUAA